CCAAGGGCAGCGUGACACAGGCAGACCACAGCCGGCGGUUAAGAUGCGCGAGCGCGUGCCUUGGCCGUUGCUGUUCCUGACCUUGUCGCUGCAGCGGUUAUCGACGGUGUCGUUGAUGCAACCGAGGAUGCACAGCGAGGCGGUGCUGAUACCCGGCGACAUCGUGCUGGGCGGACUGUUCCCGGUGCACGAGAAGGGCGGUGGCACCGCGUGCGGGCCCAACAUCUACCAUCGGGGCGUCCAACGUCUCGAGGCGAUGCUGUUCGCUGUAGAUCAGAUCAAUCGGAAGGACGAGAUGCUGCCGGGGGUUAGGUUAGGGGUGCACAUCCUCGACACGUGCGGCCGCGACACGUACGCGCUCAAUCAGAGCCUGCACUUCGUCAGGGCGUCCCUGUCCAACAUCGACAUCAGCGUCCUGGAGUGCGCGGACAGGUCGACGCCCAGGGUGAAGAAGACCGCCAGCGCGGGGCCCAUCUUCGGGGUCAUCGGUGGUUCCUAUAGUUCGGUAUCGCUACAGGUGGCCAAUCUGCUCAGGCUCUUUCACAUCCCUCAAAUAUCGCCGGCUUCCACGGCCAAGGCGCUCAGCGAUAAGACCAGGUUCGACUACUUUGCGAGGACGGUACCGCCGGACACCUUCCAGUCGAUCGCGCUGGUGGACGUGGUGAAGAGCGCCAACUGGUCGUACGUGUCCACCGUCUACUCGGAGGGCAGCUACGGCGAAUACGGCAUCGAGGUGUUCACGCGCGAGGCAACGGAACGGAACGUCUGCAUAGCAGCGGCGCUCAAGGUACCCAGUGCUGCGGAUGAUAAGGUGUACGACGACAUCAUCCAACGUCUGAGCAAGAAGCCCAACGCCCGCGCGAUCGUCCUGUUCACUCGGGCGGAGGACGCCCGAGGUAUCCUCGAAGCCGCGAAACGGUUGAACCUCAGCCAGCCCUUCCAGUGGUUGGCCAGCGAUGGCUGGGGUCGACAGAGCAAGCUGGUCGAGGGCCUCGAGGAGGAGGCCGAGGGUGCCAUCACCGUCGAGCUGCAGUCGGAAAACAUCCCCGGCUUCGACGAGUACAUGGCGUCGCUCACCCCCGAGAACAAUCGACGGAAUCCUUGGUUCGGGGAGUACUGGGAGGAGGUGUUCGGCUGCCGCUUGAGGAGGUACACGCCGAGCAUGGAGCGUCUCAGUCAGCAGGUGGGCUGGAGGAGCGCCAAUUCCGGCAAUCAGAGCCUCGCCCCGUGCAAGCCCGAGUUGAGGCUGACGGCGGCCAGCGGCUACGAGCAGGAAUCCAAGGUGCAGUUCGUCGUGGACGCGGUGUACGCGUUCGCCCUGGCCCUUCAUAAUCUACGCCGAGACCUCUGCCGCGACCGCGUCGAGGGCCUGUGCCCGUCCAUGGCCAACUACGACCGCGGCGCGUUCUAUAGGAAUUAUCUGCUGAACGUGUCCUUUAUAGACGACGCCGGCAGCGAGGUGAAGUUCGACGAGCACGGGGACGGUCUGGCGCGAUACGAGAUCCUCAAUUUUCGAAAGGGGACGAACAACAAUGGCACCAACGGCUAUCACUAUCGGGUGGUGGGCAAAUGGUACAAUUCCCUGGACAUUCGCACGGAGGAGAUGGUGUGGGCGCGGGGGACGAAGGAUAUACCGAUCUCCGCGUGCUCGCUGCCCUGCGAGCCAGGUAUGAUAAAGAAGCAACAGGGUGACACUUGUUGCUGGGUCUGCGAUCAGUGCGAGGCGUACGAGUUCGUCUACGACGAGUACACCUGCAGGGACUGCGGCCCGGGAUACUGGCCGCAUCCUGACAAACGGGGCUGCUACCAGCUUCCGAUCAAGCAUAUCAGGUGGAGCAGCGCCUUUGCCAUCGCGCCCGCGGUGAUAUCCUGCCUGGGGAUCGUGACGACCCUGGCGGUGGCGUGCCUGCUCUUUCAACAUCGCGACACCCCGGUGGUUCGUGCCUCAGGACGAGAGCUCACCGCGAUCCUGCUGGCGGGCGUCCUCGUCUGCUACCUGAACACCUUCGUGCUACUCGCCACCCCGACCACGGCGAUCUGCGUCCUGCAGCGCUUCGGGAUAGGUGUCAGCUUCAGCGCCAUGUACGGUGCCCUGCUCACCAAGACCAACAGGAUCGCCAGGAUCUUCGAUUCGGCCUCGCGGUCUGCCGUCAGGCCGCGGUACAUUAGUCCGACGUCCCAGGUUUGCAUCGCGGCUGCUCUGAUCGCCUUUCAGGUGGUGCUCACGCUGAUCUGGAUGAUCAUCGAGCCGCCGGGCACCAGGUACUCGUAUCCGGAUCGCCGCCAGGUGAUCCUCAAGUGCAACAUCCAGGACAUGAGCUUCCUCUUCUCCCAGCUGUACAACGCCCUGCUGAUCCUCGUCUCGACCGUGUACGCGGUGAAGACCCGCAGGAUACCGGAGAACUUCAACGAGAGCAAGUUCAUCGGCUUCACCAUGUACACGACGUGCAUCAUCUGGCUCGCCUUCGUGCCCAUCUACUUCGGCACCGGCAACGCCCACGAGACGCAAAUCACCACGCUCUGCGUGGCCAUCAGCCUGAGCGCCUCCGUCACCCUCGUCUGCCUCUACUCGCCCAAGGUCUACAUCAUCGUCUUCCAGCCGGACAAGAAUAUACGCGGCAAGGUCUGCAUGGGCAGCACGUUCAAGAAGCAGGGCAGCAGCGCCGGCGCCUCGUCUAUGACCAAGUACACAGGCUGCGAGUCGGCGAGCGAGAACGUGCCCUUGCAAAGUGCCCUAACCGCGGCGGUGCGGACGUCCGUGGGAGUCACCGAGAUCUCGCUAACGUCCAGCACCAUCAGCAGAACUAAUAACGAACAAGUGGCGCAAUUGUAGACUCAUACACACACACUCACAUACACACAUGCGUGCACGGCCUUCGUAAUUAUGUAAAUCGUUGAACGCCGAGGCGCAUUCGGAAAGAUUAAGAUUGAUAUGGAAUUAUACACCCCCGACCCGUUGAUGCUUCAACUUUAAUUUACUUAUUAAAGAGAUUAAUAAUUGAAUUAAAAUUUGAAAAUCAACUUUGAAGACGCUGAGCGUCUCGCGAUUAUCAUCGUUAUCAUUCAUAACAUUCUAUUGUCAAUCGAGAAAGAGAGAGAGAGAAAGAGAGAGAGAGAGAGAGAGAGAGAGAGAACGAGAGAAAGAAAAAAGAGAGAGAGAUAUCGAGAUUAUUGAUCGUUAUCAUGAUCGCUGUUGUCGUUAUUGUUACUGUUAUUGUGCAUAAAUUAUACGCAUACACAUAGGACAUACACAUGUACGUGCAUUUAUCGAUCAAGCUGAUAUACCGAGUGAUCCACUAAUUCUAGUCGAGCACCUCACAAUAUGUAUGAUUUGGAUUGCGCGAGAUGUAUACAUAAAUGUGGUUUUCCGCAUCGAUUUCUUACUUAUUUAUUUAUAUAUUUAUUUCUUUAUUUAUUUUUUCGAAAAGGAACGUUCAACGUUCUCCGAGAGAGCGCCUUUCGACGAGAUAAUCGUAUAUACAGCGGACAAUAAAUAAAUGUACUUAAAGCGAACGCAUUUAUCG